AUGAGCAAAGCUAUUGGCAUUGAUCUUGGUACCACAUACUCCUGUGUGGCCCACUUCGCUAACGACCGUGUCGAAAUUAUCGCCAACGACCAAGGUAACCGUACUACCCCAUCGUUUGUCGCUUUCACCGACACUGAGCGCCUGAUUGGUGAUGCCGCCAAGAACCAGGCUGCUAUGAACCCUGAAAACACAGUCUUUGACGCUAAGCGAUUAAUUGGUCGCAAGUUCACUGACAAUGAGGUUCAGACUGAUAUCAAGCACUUCCCCUUUAAGGUUAUCGACAAGAAUGGCAAGCCCGCCAUUGAGGUCCAAUUCAAGGGUGAGACUAAGGUUUUCCAGCCUGAGGAAAUCUCUUCUAUGGUCCUCACCAAGAUGAAGGAGACUGCUGAGAGUUUCCUUGGCACCAAGGUUUCUGAUGCCGUCAUAACUGUCCCCGCUUACUUCAACGACUCUCAAAGACAAGCCACCAAGGAUGCUGGUUUGAUUGCUGGUCUUAACGUUCUCCGUAUCAUUAACGAGCCUACUGCCGCUGCUAUUGCCUACGGUCUCGACAAGGGCGCCAAGGAGGAGCGCAAGGUUCUUAUUUUCGAUCUUGGUGGUGGUACUUUCGAUGUCUCCCUCUUGACCAUUGAGGAUGGCAUUUUCGAAGUCAAUGCUACUGCUGGUGACACUCACUUGGGUGGUGAGGAUUUCGACAACAGAUUGGUCAACCACUUCAUUGCUGAGUUCAAGCGCAAGAACAAGAAGGAUCUUUCUUCUAACCAGCGUGCUCUUAGACGUCUGAGAACUGCCUGUGAGCGUGCUAAGCGCACUCUUUCUUCUUCUGCUCAGACCUCUAUCGAGAUUGACUCUCUCUACGAGGGUAUCGAUUUCUACACUUCCAUCACCCGUGCCAGAUUCGAGGAGCUCUGUGGUGAUCUUUUCAGAUCUACCCUUGAGCCCGUCGAGAAGGUUCUCCGUGAUGCCAAGAUUGACAAGUCUCAGGUCCAUGACAUUGUCCUUGUUGGUGGUUCUACCCGUAUCCCCAAGGUCCAGAAGCUUGUUUCUGACUUCUUCAACGGCAAGGAGCCUUCCAAGGCUAUCAACCCUGAUGAGGCUGUUGCCUACGGUGCUGCUGUCCAGGCUGCCAUCCUUUCUGGUGAUACUUCUUCUUCCAAGACCCAGGAUCUGUUGCUUCUCGAUGUUGCUCCUCUUUCCCUUGGUAUCGAGACUGCUGGCGGUGUCAUGACCAAGCUCAUUCCCCGUAACUCUACCAUUCCUACCAAGAAGUCUGAGACCUUCUCUACCUACGCUGACAACCAGCCUGGUGUUCUUAUCCAGGUGUACGAGGGUGAGCGUGCUCAGACCAAGGACAACAACCUUCUCGGUAAGUUCGAGCUUUCUGGCAUUCCUCCUGCUCCUCGUGGUGUUCCUCAGAUUGAGGUUACCUUCGACAUUGAUGCCAAUGGUAUCCUGAACGUCUCUGCCGUCGAGAAGGGCACUGGUAAGAGCAGCAAGAUUACCAUCACCAACGACAAGGGCCGUCUUUCUAAGGAAGACAUUGAGCGCAUGGUUUCCGAGGCUGAGAAGUACAAGGAUGAAGACGAGAAGGAGGCUGGUCGUAUUGCUGCCAAGAACGGUCUUGAGUCUUAUGCUUACUCUCUUAAGAACACAGUCUCUGAGGAGAAGUUCAAGGAGAAGGUUUCUGAGAGCGACCGUGAGAAGCUUGAGAAGCAGAUCACUGAGACUAUUGAGUGGCUUGACAGCAACCACACUGCCACUACUGAGGAGUUCACUGACAAGCAGAAGGAGCUUGAGGGUGUUGCUAACCCCAUCAUGACCACCUUCUACCAGGGUGAGGGUGGUGCUCCCGGCGGUGUUCCCGGUGGCUUCCCCGGUGCUGGACCUAGCGCUGGACCUAGCGCUGGACCUAGUGCUGGUGAGGGUAGCGGCCCCACUGUCGAGGAGGUCGACUAA